UGAUAUGGGGUUGCCCGCUGGUUGGUGGCGGCGGCAGCACUUGAGGAGCUUGCGGCUGGCAUGGACUGUAGUCGGGGCACAGCUGUUCGAGCUGGCGGACGUCUGGAUGUCUGGAGUUCAACUGUUCAAGGCUUUGUGCUGUUCGAGCUGGCGGACGUCUGGAUGUCUGGAGUUCAAGCUGCUUCAGCGAGACGCCUGGAGUUCAAGCUGGUUCAGCGAGCGGACAACGGGGCAGCGAAUAUGGAGCAGAGAACAGCAGAGCACAGAAAACGGAAGAGAAAAGAUGGACACAAUGCUGCAGCAGCCUGGAAAACGGAAUCUUUACGUUUCAUCCGUUUCAAGAUUGUGUUGUCGGCAUUGCACCGUCCAGCACGCACCAAACGCACGGCGCAGGAGAGGGCCGCCCAUCUGUCAUGGAUGACGCACCUGCCAGUUGCACGCCUGGUGACGGCAGGUCAGCAGAACGGCCACCCACUUGGCCCGCGCGUGGCAAUGCCACGCCGGUGUCACCGCAUGCCGGACAGCGCGUUUUUCCUGGGAGUAUCCCCUUAUGGCAGCCCGGAUGACAUGCGAUCAACAAAGAGGCCUUGUGUUCACUCUCUUUCGCCUACGGUCGUCGUCACUCCCGGCGUUGCAGUUGUGCAUUCUCCGUUGCCGCCCUUGUUGCCGUCUUCAGCACGCCGUCCUUACACUCCGGUACACCCUUUGUCGGAUUUCGAUGCAAUGUGUUUUCCUGUGCUGUCGCCGCCAUUGCAACCUCGCCGUUUGCAGUUUCUGUCAUGUGCAGCGCAGCCAUUUCCUCCUCUACUUUUCGUUGGACGCGACGGGUUGGACUCCAUCCCCCUAGAGGGGUGUUCUCAAGAAUCUCAAUCAUCAGCAGCGGUGUUUGGAAGUGGAGGGUCCACACUGCGUGACGAAGGACGUCGAAGUCCAGAACCGCGGGUCUCACAUUCGUUCGCCGCAUCAGGUCAUGGGCAGGGGGGUGUAUUGGAUGAUGCACGUCGUGCCUCUGCCGGGGACACACAUGACCGUAAUUCCGCCCGUCGCUCUCUCGUCUCCCGGUUCAACGAGGAUGAUAUUGUGUGUGGUAGCGGAGAUGGGCCCGGCCGUUGCGAUCUUGACGCUCAAAAUCUUGGUGCGGGUCCUUCUAAAUACUCGGGCGGGUCCUUGGGGCAAUUCGGUUCGCAGUCAAUUGGUUCCGCGAAGUACUCUCAUUUGUUCCUGACUACCGCUUGCAAGGAGAGACUGCGCCUUUUACAAUCUGCGAUGAAAGAAGUGAGCGACAAGUCUGGGGUCAUGAGCGAUGUCGUCGACCGACUGUUGCAUUGGUCAUUGCCAGCCAUCCAGUCAGAGUUCGGGGACGGUGAGAGGAUGAUUCGACAGCGGACGCUGAGGACAGCGGACGCUGAGGAUGAUGGCGAGCGUGAGGGCGAAGGGAGCGGUGGAGGCAAUGGCGGGUCAUUUUGUGGGUCGGAUGAUUCACUACCACGUUCAGGGCACGGGUCACAGCGUGGCCGCAGAUCGCGCGGGCAGUCACCAAGCCGUGGCAGGUCGCGUUCGCAUUUCAAACAUGUACGUCCUUUGUGCUGGGAUGAUUCGAAGGACGGUGCUUUGCAAAGCGGACCUUGCAAUAAUCGGUUUGCACAUGUGUUGGAAUCGAUGGGGCACUGGGAAGGCUCAAAAGCGCCUGAUGUCGUCUUCGUGGAGCCGGUGAAGCUGCUGCAGUUGCUCGGGUUGUUCGAUUUGAGUUGCCCGCGCCACGGGGCCGGUUGUGUUGUGGAUGUGUCCUCUGUCGGUUAUCCUGGGCAGAUUUGUCGCAUUUCGUUCGCUUGUAAGAAGUCCUGUCAUUGGACAUGGCACAAUGCACUGGUUGUGGGAGUUGUGUACUCUUGCAGACUUCAGCAACAGUUGUUCCAUGCGACCGUCACUGCGGGUAUGACAUAUACCGUCCUCAACGACUUCUGCAUCGCGCUUGGGGUGGCACCUGUGCACAAGCCCACUUUUUACAGUUGCAUGCGCGGUGAGCCGAAUGUGCAUGAGGGUUGGAAUGCAAAGGUUGUCAGGCAGGGCGUGCGGUAUAGCGACUUGGCCAUUGACACGGUUAUGCGAUCAGGGAGACCCGUCACUUUCAUGGUUGACGGUCGCUACGACUCGGCCAGGUCUGCGCAUCAUUGCACCGUUACCGCGAUUGAGUGUGAUACUCGUCUUGUGGUGGGUGUUCACACUCUUCGGCCAAAAAAAGAGGGAAAGGCGUCGAACCAACUUGAGGUUCCUGCUGUUGUGCGCCUGUUGAGAGGCUUGCUGUCCAGGGGGUUGAAGAUCCGUUGCGUUGUCUCCGACGAUUGUGCUGCAUUGGGUCCACAGUUGGAGCGCCUGGGUAUUAAAUGGCAGAAGGAUUGCCAUCAUAAGGUGAAAAACAUUCGGAAGGCACUUAGAAAAGUCGUGAAACUGAAGGUGCCAAAGAAAUUAAACAACCGUCAUCAGUGCGUGUCGAAAUCUCAGUUUAUGCAGUUCACGAAGAAGGAGCUGUUGGAUGCCUUGACGGACCGUUUUGGACCAGGAGAUGAGGGCGGCGACUUUGUCACUCUGCACAAUGAUGUCAUGAUGAUCGCCGACCAUUGGGCCGGGGACCACUCCAGGUGCGUUGCGGACAGAGAGCUUCUAUGCUCAAAGGCGGGUGGCCCAUCUCGGCUGCCUCUGUACACGCACAACGACCCCGUGUAUGACAUCAUUCGCCACACGUUGGGCAGGCAUUGCAGCACGACCGUUUGUUCGUACUACACGAAGUUCCGUCACACGUCGACGGUUGAGACCUUCCAGGGCACAAUCAUCAUUUACGCGAAGAAGGCCUUGCACUUCGAGAAGUCGUAUGAGCCGCGUUUGGCGAUUGCAGUCAUUCGAUGGAACAGUCAUGCAUGGCAGGAUCCCUUGGAGUAUCGUGUCCGCAGGUCUUCUGGAACUUCGAUUCGUCCAAGGCCGAGCCACUACCGUCACAAUCGGCCACCUACCGAUUCGUGGAUGGAUCGACUGUCCACGUUCAUCUUCGGUUCGAAAUGCGUUUCAGAUUGGGUUCGACGGCUUCUCGAGUACGACGACUGUGAUGUGUCGAGCGAGGUCGGUUCCUCGACACCUCCGCUGCCUCGCGAUCUUUUUUGCAAAGGCGAGGAUACCAUUGCCCGUGACGAGGACGACGUUGCUUCAGGUGCGGAUCUCGACGUUGUGGGGGAUGACGAUGUUUUCAUCAUUGGCGAUGGGGAUGGGUUGCCUGUACCAACAAAUGUCGUGCCCGAUCGAUCAUGCGAUUCUCUAUCGGACGGAGAUGAUGCCGAGUUGUUCGACGACUGACAUUGUGUUAUGUUGUAGUAUCUUGUACAUGCCACUUUUAUAUUUGUUGGCUUUUUAGUUUGACGU